CGAUCGUUGGCUCACCGAUCGGUAGACCAGGUCCAGGAACAACCUCCACGCGUCCUGGAGGAACAAUUGCCUCGUCUAUAAAAUGCGGCGGCCUCCUUUCCCUGGUAACGCGCAGGAGCCAACAGCACAAGCAGCGCCGCAAUUAGCCUCUCCUGCUAAACCAGAGAUCGCGUUCCGAUCUAGCUGUCGACUGUUCCAGAGUUUUCCAUUCCCCUCUCCCGCUGAAGCAAGCAUGUGCCCCGGCGGCAGGUACGCUGGCCUUGCUCUCCCCGCCGGCGCCGGCGCUGCGGACCUGCGCCCGGCGUUCGACGUGCUCGACGCGGACCACGACGGCCGCAUCAGCCGCGAGGACCUCAAGUCCUUCUACGCCAAAGCCGGCGCCGACGAGCGCUUCGACGACGAUGACAUCGCGGCCAUGAUCGCCGCCGCAGACGCCGACCUCGACGGGUUCGUGCAGUACGACGAGUUCAAGGGCCUCCUCGGCCGCGGUGCCGCGGUGGGAACAAGGGGCGGGUGCCGGUCCGCGAUGGAGGACGCGUUCAGGCUAAUGGACCGCGACGGAGACGGCAAGGUGGGGUUCGAGGACCUCAAGGCCUACCUCGGGUGGGCAGGGAUGCCUGUGGCCGACGACGAGAUCCGCGCCAUGAUAGGUAUGGCUGGCGACGGCGACGGCGGCGUGGGGCUCGAGGCGUUUGCCAGAGUGCUCGCCGUCGACUUGGAAGACGUCGUCUAGAACUCCAAAAAAAUCGGACUGUAAAAGCAUUUUAGACUUUUGAUUUUUUGGGAAUUUCCCCCAAAAAUUUGGUUGGUGGGGUUGAGCUGGCGUGAAUGUGAUUGCUGAGUGCUUCUCGUUAACCGAAGUUUUGUCUGCAUUGUAGCUGUCUUCAUAAACAAUCGAAAAGUUCAAGUCGUAUCUGUUCUUGGUGUGUGUUAACCAGCAACUCUGUUUAACCUCUUUCUAGCC